AUGUCCAAGUUAAGACAAAAAAAUCCCACUGCUAUUCGUACUCCUGAAGAUGACAAAGGUAGAGAAACUCAUGAACAGGAUCAUGUGGUCCAUUUGGAGAAAUCACAUGUGAUCAGUCCAUAUAUUUAUAAUAUUUGUCGAGAAGCUCAUGACAAAAUAUAUGCCCGAGAUGCAGAUUUACGGAUCCUCUCACGCUCUCUUGGCAAGGACUAUAACACGUUGAGGUCUUCAACUACGCAGUAUAUCCCAUCCAAAUAUUCCCACUGCCGGGACAUUACUGACUUGAGCAAACCUUGUUGUUGCCAGUAUGAGAUCUGUUGCAGAAAGCCAACUGUAUGUGGGACUACUAAUUUCUACCCCCGCCCCCUCAAUAAUGACAAUACAGAGAGUAGCCCGCAGCUGCCAGAAUAUCACCGCCAGCCAUUAUUGCUGCUGCUGCUACUACUACAAUUAAUACAAGUACCAGUGCUGCCCCUGUCUGCUGAUGUCUAUCCCUUUCAUUCUGGUCAUAGUGCCUUGCUCUUUCAGGUGGGGAAAUCCACCCAAACUCCUUCUCUUAUGUUUAUUUUACAUUUUUUUCCUCCCACCGACAUGGAAGAUAUAAAACACAGGGAUUGA